CAGAACAAAAUUAAAUGAAAAACAAAUCAGGAAAGUAAACAAAAGGGAAAAUUAUCGAGAAGAAUCUUAAAGUCAGUUCAGAAAUUAACUGGUAACAUAUUGAUGAAUGCGAGAAUUGGGUAUAACUACAAUUUGUCGAGUUAAAGUUCGAGCAACAGCAUUCUGCACUCAUAAAAGCUGAGCUAAGAUUUACUGAGGAAUGUAAACUGUGAUACUGUGAUCAAGGCGUGAGAAUACAUAAGUAUAAAUAUUGUAGAAGAAAACACAGCUGAUUUAAUUUUGGUAAUAUUUCUUAGGUGGAAAUGGAAGGAUUGUAUGAAAUUCUUGACAUGUGGUUCAAAGUUUAGUUGAGAAUCAAAUGUGAUGCCUAAAUUUCUCAUUGUAUAUUUAAAAUUCAUUAGCAGUGGUCCAAUAAAAGGUUGUAAUUUGCUUGCUAGGUUAUAAAAUCAGAAGCCAUCCAGCCAGCUAGGUAACACUGAGGCAGCUGCUGUGUCUGCAACAUGUGGAGCCCCGCCAAAGUGCUAGUCUUUGCUCUGGUAGCAGCAUCCAGCUUCAUAUCUGUACAUUUACUGGAGUUCUGCCAAAGUCCUGAGGGUGACUGUCACAGUCCUGACAAUACGGCAUCCAGCAGCCAGCUGUCACCACAAACCGUCAAAUCCAGGUGGAACAUUAGUGUUUCAAACCUUAUAAAGGACCUGAAUCAGUUCAGAGUGUCCUGCAAGAAGCUAAUAGAAGCAUUCCCAAUCGAUGAGGUUGAUGGCAACUUUGCACGCUCCGUAAAGAACUGCAUAUUCUCCAAAUCCACCCCAACUCCACUGAAAGGCCCGUUGAGACUUGGGGCAGCUUCUCAGGAUGUCGUGGAGGGGAUUUUAGAUUUAGAUUUGGCUGUAACCAGGUCAGAUGACUUCCUGCGUUAUGCCAGCGGUAGCAGACUGCUGGCAGGAUCUGUCCCGCUUGCUCACAGAUAUGGAGGUCAUCAGUUUGGCUACUGGGCAGGUCAGCUGGGUGAUGGUCGAGCACAUUUCCUUGGUCAGUAUACCAACAGGAAAGGAGAAGUGUGGGAACUGCAGCUUAAAGGCUCUGGGAAGACGCCUUAUUCAAGGUCAGGAGAUGGUCGAGCUGUGAUCCGCUCCUCUGUGAGGGAGUUUCUUUGCAGUGAGGCCAUGCAUUUCCUUGGUGUCCCAACCAGCAGGGCUGCCAGUCUAAUUGUAAGUGACGAGCCAGUGAUGAGGGAUCAGUUCUACAAUGGCAAUGUGAAGACAGAGAGAGGAGCUGUCGUUCUCCGGUUAGCCAAGUCGUGGUUUCGGAUCGGAUCUUUAGAAAUUUUGGCUCAAAGUGGAGAGAUCGAGCUCCUCAGAAAGCUGCUGAACUUUGUGAUUGAUGAACAUUUUCCUUCAAUCAAGUCAGAUGACCCAGAUAAAUAUUUGGUAUUUUAUUCCACUGUUGUGAAUGAAACAGCACAUCUGAUUGCCCAGUGGAUGUCAGUUGGGUUUGCACAUGGUGUGUGCAACACGGACAACUUCAGCCUUCUGUCUAUCACCAUCGACUACGGACCAUUUGGCUUCAUGGAGUCGUAUAACCCCAAUUUUGUCCCCAACACAUCUGAUGAUGAGGGCAGAUACAGCAUCGGAGCGCAGGCCAACGUCGGACUGUUCAACCUGGAGAAGCUCCUGAUGGCUCUCAGGCCUGUGCUUUCUACAAAACAGCAGAAAGAGGCUAAAAUCAUUUUAAAAGGAUAUGCAGAUAUUUACCACAUGAGGAUUCAUCAGCGAUUUAAAGCUAAACUGGGGCUUCUGGGUGAAGAGGAGGAGGAUGGUUACCUAAUCGCCUUCUUGCUUAAGAUGAUGGAGGACACACAGUCAGACUUCACCAUGACCUUCAGGCAGCUCAGUGAAGCAUCAGCCCAGCAGCUUCACAACAGCAACUUCACGCAGAUGUGGGCUCUCGAAGACUUGUCCUCCCACAAGCUCUUUUCUGAGUGGCUCAGCAUGUACCUGCUCCGGCUCAGCAGACAACAAAAUGAUAGUGAAUUGGAUCGUCAACUCAGGAUGAAAAAUGUAAAUCCCAGAUAUGUGCUGAGGAACUGGAUGGCAGAGUCGGCCAUAAGUAAAGCUGAGGCGAAUGAUUUCUCUGAGGUGGUGCUGCUUUACCACACACUGUCCUUCCCUUUUGUUACACAAGAGACUGCAGAGGAGGUGGACUAUGCAGCAAGACCUCCCCUGUGGGCUCAGAGGAUAAAGGUCAGCUGUUCCUCUUGAGCAAACACGCUGAAGUAAAUAUAUAAUAAAUACCAGAACUUUUAUGGUAUAUUUUAGUAAAUCUACUCAUUUUGUUGAAGAUUUGGUGUUCUUUUCUACUGAAAACAAUUAGAUAAUUAGGUACAGCAUCCUUGUCAGAGAACACUUAAACUCUGUAUUGUAUUGUAUUUUGACUACUUCACAUCUAAAAAAUAAAUCCUUUGUAACAUCAUAAUAAAACCAAAUUGAAG